CCUUCCCCAAAGACAAAUUCCAAACCCUCCUCCCCACCACCCCGCUCCAUUUGUUUACCUAUUUUUCUCUUUUGAAAAUCAAACAAUUGUUUGUAACUUACACCCCAUAAAAACCAUCAAUAAUUCCAGGAAAUUCAUCUCACCCAAAACCAGAAAAUACUCAAAGGACAAAUUUUUGAAUCAUUUCUUGAUUUUGUUGAAUCGAGAGUCGAACAUAUUAAAUGGAGUAUGAUAGCAUUGAAUGUGUAUCAUCUUCAGAUGGUAUUAUAGAUGAAGAUGAGAUUCCUCAACACAUAAAUAUAAUUCGUUCUCAGUUCAAGACGGCCCACAAUAACAACAAUAGCACCAGCAUAUUAUGUGAUGGGAAUAGCAAUAAAGGGGGAAUUGCUAUAAAUCCAGCUACUAGCGUUCAUGAGCUUCUUGAAUGCCCUGUUUGUACCAAUUCUAUGUACCCUCCCAUCCAUCAGUGUCACAAUGGGCACACUAUCUGUUCAACGUGUAAAGCGAGAGUACACAACCGAUGUCCCACUUGUAGACAGGAGCUUGGCGAUAUCAGAUGUUUAGCACUAGAAAAGGUGGCUGAAUCACUUGAGCUGCCUUGCAAAUAUGGCUCUCUUGGAUGUCCUGAGAUAUUUCCUUAUUACAGUAAGCUGAAACAUGAGUCAGCGUGUAAUUUUAGACCAUACAACUGCCCGUAUGCUGGGUCGGAGUGUGCAGUUGUUGGUGAUAUUCCUUAUUUGGUUACUCAUUUGAAGGAUGAUCACAAGGUAGACAUGCACUCUGGAUGCACUUUUAACCAUCGCUAUGUCAAAUCUAAUCCUCGGGAAGUGGAAAAUGCCACGUGGAUGUUAACUGUUUUCAAUUGUUUUGGUCAGUACUUCUGUCUCCAUUUUGAAGCAUUUCAGCUUGGAAUGGCACCCGUAUACAUGGCAUUCCUUCGGUUUAUGGGAGACGAGACAGAGGCACGAAACUACAGCUACAGCCUGGAAGUAGGGGGAAAUGGAAGGAAGCUUAUCUGGGAAGGUACACCCCGAAGUAUAAGAGACAGUCAUAGGAAAGUUAGGGAUAGCCAUGACGGGCUCCUAAUACAACGUAACAUGGCCCUAUUCUUCUCCGGUGGGGACAGAAAGGAGCUCAAGCUACGGGUGACUGGAAGAAUAUGGAAGGAACAACAGAAUCCAGAAGAAGGAACAUGCAUUCCCAACCUCUGUAGCUAAUUGCUGGGGUUGCAUCUCAAAACCUAUUGGGUUUUGUUCUUUCCUAUGUGCUGAAUCUUUUGGCUAAUGUUACCACCAAGACUCAUAGCUUGUGGUAUCGGUGGACAUCUGUUACACAAUAGUGCAAGUUUGACUCUUACUUCUCCUUUCUUGGCUAUGUCAUAAGUAAAUUAAGAUGUUGAAGGUUCAUCAAAAAGAUGUACGACAGCUAAGUUGUUAUCCAUCAAUUAAUAAGCUUUCUUGUCAA